UUGUCUGUAAUGCCACUUAAGUCAGAUGGGUCUCUUUGUGUAAUGGAGGCAAUCAGCAGAUCACAACCUCGAGAAAUGAUGCCAAAUCUCCCACCAAAGUUGGAGGACUUUCUUGGUGGUGCAACUCAUGGAAGAGAGGCCACAGCUUUAAGCUUAGACAGCAUAUAUUAUAAUCAAAAUGCUGAGGCAGAGUCAGAGAGAGAACACUCUCUGAAUCUUUUCAAGCAACAACAUGUUUAUCUUCAAUCUCAGAGAUACUAUUCUGAAAUGUUCCAUUUUCCGGCUGAGGAAACCAGUAAGGAGUCUCAUAUUGCAGGCUAUUGUUCUGAAAUUCGACAAGCCAUGGAGCAGCAAAUUGAUGGCAGCUUCGGAGGGAUGACUUGUCAGGAUUUGCAGCCACUUAGCUUGUCAAUGAGCCCUGGUUCUCAGUCUAGUUGUGUUACUGCUCCCAGCCAAAUUUCCCAUUCUGGACCAGCUACAUUGGAAACAAAGAAAAGGGGUCCGGCAGGACAAAAGCAGCCAGUCCAUCGGAAGUCGAUCGACACGUUCGGGCAAAGAACUUCGCAAUACAGAGGUGUUACAAGACAUAGAUGGACUGGUAGAUAUGAGGCUCAUUUGUGGGAUAACAGUUGUAAGAAGGAAGGCCAAACUAGGAAAGGAAGACAAGUUUAUCUCGGUGGCUAUGAUAUGGAGGAGAAAGCAGCAAGAGCUUAUGAUCUUGCAGCUCUCAAGUAUUGGGGACCCUCCACACAUUUAAACUUCUCGCUAAGAAACUAUCAUGUUGAGAUUGAAGAAAUGAAGAACAUGAACCGCCAAGAAUACGUAGCACAUCUUAGAAGGAAAAGCAGUGGAUUCUCCAGGGGAGCUUCGAUAUACAGAGGAGUUACUAGACAUCAUCAGCAUGGGAGAUGGCAAGCUCGGAUCGGACGAGUUGCAGGGAAUAAAGACCUCUAUCUCGGAACAUUUGGCACACAAGAGGAAGCUGCCGAAGCAUAUGACAUAGCAGCUAUCAAGUUUCGUGGCGUAAACGCCGUCACAAACUUCGACACUUCGAGGUACAACAUAGAAAGGAUCAUGGCGAGCAGCGGCCUCCUUUCGGGAGAGUUUGCAAGACGAAACAAAGAUCUCAAACCAACCAAUGCCAUCGAGCACAAAGAACCAACACAGAACAUUACUCGAAUCAACCUCUCAGAGAUUUCCAACAGCAACAACAUAGAUUGGAGGACGGUAUUCCACGAMACCCUGCUGCUGGAUCCAAAUGCAUCCAUCGAAUCCUUGGACCAGAAGUCCAUGGCUUCCGGAAUAGCCCUGCAGCAUCUAAUCGGAGUCGAAACCGUAAAUUGUGAUCGGGCAAUGGGGAAUGAUUCAAGCAAGUUAAAGGCACAUUUCUCCAAUGGUUCCUCUGUGGUGAGCAGCCUGAGUAGCUCAAGGGAAACAAGUCCUGAUAAGUCAAAUUCCUCUUCCUCAGUGUUAUUUGGAAAAGCCCCAUUUGAAAGCAAUGGGGGAAUUUGGCUCCCAUCAAACCAGAUGAGGCCUGUUCCUAUUUCUUUGCCUGUUUGGAAUGAUGUCUGAAACAGGCUUCUUUAAUUUUGAUGUCUUUCUUAAAUGUUAGAAACUUGUAAUGAAUGGUCUUGCCAGUUGCCACUCACAACAUAGGAAUCUAAUCCAAA